AAGUCCAUUACAGACAUCUACAGCAGACAGGCAAGUAAUCUACGCAUUGUGCCAAAAUCCUUGGUGCAGUUCACUCCCGCACUAACCAGUAGUUGCUAUAAUUGCGCUCGCGGCCCGCGCGACCAGUCGCAUCCCGCACGCCGCGCGCUCCGCACUCGACAUGAUCGUCGUCGCGCUCGCGGUCAUCGCGCUCAUUGCGCUGUACCUUUACAACGUUAGAAACUUCAACUACUGGAAGGAAAGAGGAAUCAAACAUGACAAACCCAUAUUAUUCUUCGGCACCAACGCCAAAAACUAUUUGCAGCAGCAAAGCGUUUCAGAAUCAAUAGUUGAAGCUUAUUGGAAGUAUCCCGAGGAGAAAGCGGUCGGGCUUUUCAGAUCCACGGAUCCAUGUUUGGUAGUGAAGGACCCGGAGAUCAUUAAGAGGAUUUUGACCACAGAUUUCAAUAUGUUCUACCCUCGGGGCUUAAAUCAACAGAAAGGGCACGAGAUCGAGCCGAUGCUGCGCAACCUGUUCUUCGCGGACGGCGACACGUGGCGCCUGCUGCGGCAGCGCAUGACGCCGGCGUUCACGAGCGGCAAGCUGCGCGCCAUGUUCCCGCUCAUCGUGGAGCGCGCCGAGAGCCUGCAGGCGCGCGCGCUGGCCGCCGCCGCCGCCGGCCGCACGCUCGACGCGCGCGACCUCAUGGCGCGCUACACCACCGACUUCAUCGGCGCCUGCGGCUUCGGCCUCGAGGCCGACUCGCUCAACGAGGACGACUCCGCCUUCAGGAAACUCGGAGCGAAGAUAUUCCAUAUAGGUUUCAAGGAUGCCGUACUUGCAAUGCUUAAAGAUAUAUUCCCGCAACUGUUCAAAAGUAUUCACACACUCCAAAGAAUAGAGGGUGAACUGACCGAUCUUGUUAAAGUUAUAUUAAAGCAGAGAAAUUACCAACCAUCGGGUAGAAACGACUUUAUUGACUUAUUGUUGGAAUGUAAAAAGAAAGGCGUUUUGGUUGGAGAGUCGAUAGAAAGAAAAAAAGCGGACGGAACACCCGAAACCGCUACUUUAGAAAUGGAUGACAUUCUAAUGACUGCUCAAGUGUUUGUGUUUUUCGCCGCGGGCUUCGAGACGUCGUCGUCCGCGACCAGCUUCACGCUGCACCAGCUGGCGUACCACCCGGAGGUGCAGAAGAAGGUGCAGGAGGAUAUAGACAGGGUGUUGGCCAAACAUGACAAUAAACUGAGCUACGAGGCAGUCAAAGAAAUGACCUAUUUGGAUUGGGCUUUCAAAGAGGGUAUGAGGAUGUUCCCCUCGCUUGGAUUUUUGAUCAGGAAAUGCGUGGGUAAAUACACAAUCCCUGAGUUAGGGAUGACGAUCGAUGAUAAAGUGCGGGUGUUCAUCCCAGUUCAAAGCAUGCAAAAUGACCCAAAGUACUUUGACAGUCCUGAGGAGUUCAGGCCAGAGCGCUUCCACCCCGACUCAUUCGACACUGCGAAGUUGAAGUUUGUGUAUCUGCCAUUCGGAGAAGGGCCCCGUGCUUGUAUAGGUGAGCGUCUCGGGCACAUGCAGUCGCUGGCUGGCCUGGCCGCAGUCCUGUCCAAGUUCACGGUGGAGCCUGCGCCGGAGACGGUCCGCAAGCCGCGCGUCUACCCCAAGUCCGGCAUCGUGCAAAGCAUCGACGGAGGCCUGCCCCUGCUCUUCAAAGAACGGAAAAUAACCAACUAAUCAUAAGUUUACAUUAAAUAAAGGCCACGCCUUUUAUAGGUUAGCAUUGUAUUUGUAAUAGACAUACAGGGUGUAAUUUAAAUUACUGACAUCCUUUUAAAAUUAAACUGUACUCAUGAUACACGGUUGGUACAUUCCCCAUAAUAAUAUUAUGAGAAGCGCAAGCGACCGGUUUAAAACGAUUGUACAUUCAACAGCAGCUGCACAUCAGAAUUACACCCGUAUUCACAAACGAUGCUUGCUUAAGUGAAGUAGUAAAUCUAACGCACAGCGUUAAACAGAGCUCUUUGAUUGGUUCGUGUAUCAUCCUGUGCGUCCACGCGCACGGUGAGACCUCAUAGUAAUGUUUGUGAAUACGGGCGAAAACAACACCUAUCACCAUCGAAAUAAGAUGCCACAGUGUUAUGCUUCAUGUGCUGUUUGUUGCCAUACAAGAUUUUCAUUAUUGCCGUUUUAACUAAUUGGAUUAUUCUGUAUUAUUAUACAUAUUUGGGGUAUGCACUGUGUAUCAUGAUUCUUAUUUUAAAAGGAUAUCAACGAUUUAAAUUUCACCCUGUAUGAUUGUCAGAGAAACCUUCAUUUAACUCGCUAUCACGAUGCAACUUUGUUUCACUAGAUUGUAUUUGAUUGCGUGGCUGCUAAAUACAAAUGUCUUCAAUAA